AGUUUCCCUGGUGACGGGUUGCCCGGCGGUCGCCUGGUAACCGGUCGCGGCGGUCCUGGCUGCGGCAGCUCAGGCGGCGAAGGCCGCCGAGGACUGUGGGCCGGAGCCCACGCCGGGCGCUUUCUGCCUGUUUUGUGAUGGCGGCCGCCGCGGCAGUGGUCACGCCGUCAGGUUUGGAAGAUGGAGUGUCUCGGUCCCGCGGCGAAGGGGCAGGGGAGGUGGUCGUGGAGCGGGGGCCCGGCGCGGCCUACCACAUGUUCGUGGUGAUGGAGGACCUGGUGGAGAAGCUGAAGCUGCUCCACUACGAGGAGGAACUCCUCCGGAAGAACAACCUGAAGCCCCCGUCCAGACACUAUUUUGCCCUGCCUACCAACCCUGGUGAACAGUUCUACAUGUUUUGCACUCUUGCUGCUUGGCUGAUUAACAAAGCAGGACGCCCCUUUGAGCAACCUCAAGAAUAUGAUGACCCUAAUGCAACUAUAUCUAACAUAUUAUCUGAGCUUCGAUCAUUUGGCAGAACUGCAGAUUUUCCUCCCUCAAAAUUAAAGUCGGGUUAUGGAGAACAUGUAUGCUAUGUUCUUGACUGUUUAGCAGAAGAAGCAUUAAAAUAUAUUGGUUUCACCUGGAAAAGACCAACAUACCCAGUGGAAGAAUUAGAAGAAGAAACUGUCCCAGAAGAUGAUGCAGAAUUAACAUUAAAUAAAGUGGAUGAAGAAUUUGUGGAAGAGGAGACAGACAAUGAAGAAAACUUUAUUGAUCUCAAUGUCUUAAAGGCCCAGACGUAUCGUUUGGAUAUGAACGAGUCUGCCAAACAGGAAGAUAUUUUGGAAUCCACAACAGAUGCUGCAGAAUGGAAUCUCGAAGUGGAACGUGUACUACCACAACUGAAAGUCACGAUUAGGACUGACAAUAAGGACUGGAGAAUCCAUGUUGACCAAAUGCACCAACACAAAAGUGGAAUAGAAUCUGCUCUAAAGGAGACCAAGGGAUUUUUGGAUAAACUUCAUAAUGAAAUUAGCAGGACUCUGGAAAAGAUCGGCAGCCGAGAAAAGUACAUCAACAAUCAGCUUGAGCACUUGGUUCAAGAAUAUCGUGCGGCUCAAGCCCAGCUGAGUGAGGCGAGGGAGCGAUACCAGCAGGGUAACGGUGGAGUGACGGAAAGGACCAGGCUCCUGUCUGAGGUGACAGAAGAACUGGAAAAGGUAAAGCAAGAAAUGGAAGAAAAAGGCAGCAGCAUGACUGACGGUGCUCCCUUGGUAAAGAUUAAACAGAGCUUAACAAAGCUGAAGCAAGAAACGGUUCAGAUGGACAUCAGAAUUGGCGUUGUGGAACACACGUUACUCCAAUCAAAACUGAAGGAGAAGUCCAACAUGACUCGGGACAUGCAUGCAACAAUCAUUCCAGAAUCUGCAAUAGGCUCUUAUUAAAACACUGUUUUUCAUGCUUCUGAUUAGUUGUUUUUUAUAUCAAAGUGUAUUUCAUGUGGCAUAGAUUUCCAAACACUAUUAUACCUCUCAAAGCAUGUUCAGUGGGUAUAUUUUUACAUAUAUACACACACACAUAUUGUAUCAUGGUAUUUAUGGAUGACUAAAGCCUUUUAAUGGAAUAUAAUAAUUAAUAAAGUAAUUAAAAAUUCUCACUUUCAAA